GAGCCAAAGAUGCAACAGGCAAACGACGACUGUAACUCUAGUGCCCAACGCACAGAAUCCUCAGCUGUGAAUGCAUUGGAGUUGGACACUGCGGCAGAAACAGAAGAUGGCACAACCUCUAAGAGGUUUUAUGUGAUGAGAAGAAAAAGAAAGCGGAGUAGUUUCAAACUUUGUUGUCAGUAAAUCUUGCACUUUAUACCUGCUUAUUAUUGGCUUAUCUGGCUGCUGCAUACUAUACCAAUUUUGGUCUUCUUCUCAAUUGACGCAAUGUUUUUUCCAAAUGAGACUGCAUCUGUAAAUAACACUGGAAGAGAAGCACCAAAGUGUUCUCGUGAUUUCUUCCUGGACAACAGCUCUGGUCUGUGUAGACCAGAGUGUGGGGAGUGGGAUCAGUACUCACCAGCCACUCGCAGAGCUGUCUAUGGUGUCAACAUCACCUUCAUCCUUGUGACCAUCAUCGUAUGUGUGGUCACAUUCGUGUGGUCCAUAUUCCGACGCAAAAUAAUGUUUCGCUACCCAAAUAUUAUCCUGUUGUACAUCACCUUCACUCGUGCCAUUCUGAGUAUCCUCCACCUGGUGGGGUACACUGAUGAGAAGGCUCUCUACUGUACAUCUAGAGAUCGCAUGACAAGCUUUGAAGAAGGCAGUGCAUACUGCAAUAUAAUAGGUUCUGCCACUACAUUCAUCCCAAUAUUUGAUCUCACUGGACUCUGUUUCCACCUCGGGACUGUUCUAUUUACUGCCUACUUCCCAUUCAGAGCCAGGAAGCUGGAAACCAAAGGAGGCUACAAGUAUCUUCAUGUUUUUGCUGUCAUAUGUGGAGUUGGUUUCUCAAUAUUCCUGGUUGGGCUUCAGUUUGCAGUCGGUGGAUUCAGCCGUACGGUGGUGCCUAUCUUUUGCCUGGCCGCUUCUGAAAGUGCAUUUGUGUUUGGGGUCAUACCUGGUUGCUUCAUAUCUGCCAUUUUUCUCACUUUCGUGAUGGUACUUUUGUUCAAGAUCAUCAAUAUCCAAGGAUGGAAACUUAAACGAUCUCAGCAGGAAACAAAGCAAACUGUUUCUACCAGUGAGCACACAACCAGCUCCAGCAAAAACUACACCACAGCGCAGAUAAAACUCGUGCUUAUAUUCUGUACACAAGGGCUUGCCACCAUCAUAAACUACUCAUCAUACAGUGUCGUGCUUAGAAUGGAGGAUGUUUUUUCGCGAGCUUUUCAAGAAUACCUCGACUGUGAAGGGCCCGGAAAUGGACAGUGCGAUCGAAGUUUGUUUGAAGCAUUUGACCCAACCCCCACCACGUUUCCUCUAACCACAAUCGCCUACGUGCUUUUGCCCAUCUCCACACUCAUAUACGUGGCAAAUAUCGAGAAGCAGUUUACCAGGUGCAAGACCAAGUUCAAGUCCUCUACAAAGUCUACUAGA